AUGGAUUGGGAUCGCGCAAGUUUACGAAGCCUUCCUGAAAGGGCGAUACGAAAGAAUGCGCGUCUAGCUGAAAAACGCAGCUGUAGUGACCAGGGCCCUGACAGCGAAGGUGAUGAUAGCGAAGGCAGUUAUACAACCGUGGUAGCUAAGCGACUACGCAGACGAUUGCGGACAGGUAUACUUCAGCACUCAACACAAGGUAAUGUCGAGUCUGAAGGUAUAAAAGAAGAGUUUGAGGUAUCCCUUACGUCAAAAGAACCGUUACCCAAACAAAUUGCUAUGGCAAAAUUGCUACGAGCAGAAAACAUAAGUGGCAUUUUGAGAGUAAAGUUCAAAGGCGCGUACAAGGUACUUAUACAAUUUUCUCUUAGUACGCAAGCUGAAAAAUUAAUAAGCUGUUCGACCUUUAAUAAUGAGAAGAUGAGUUGCCAGUGGUCAAACCAAGCUGAGUACUGUUUUGGUUUGAUUAGAAAUAUUGACCUAGAUAUAGAGGAUGAGGAACUGCUGAAAGAAUUUAAUGUCUCGCAGGUAGUCUUGGCAAUUCGUCGCCUAAAUCGACUUAAUGAAGACGGCCAAUGGGUUAAAAGUGAAGCCAUACGUAUCUGCUUCAAAGCGACUUCCCUCCCGUCUUAUGUGUACGCGUAUGAUUGUCGCUUUAAAGUAGAGCCGUAUAUAUUUCCAGUAUCACAAUGCUCAGGGUGCUGGAAAUUUGGCCACCGAGCACGUACAUGUCCGACCAAAAAAAUCGUGUGCCCUAAGUGUGGAAAAAACCACGAGAACUGCAAUACUACAGUAAUGACGUGUAUCAAUUGUCAAGGCGCACACAUGGCACUGGAUAAAACAUGUCCAGUGUUCUUGAAAGAAAAGAGACUAAGAAUGAUUAUGAGCAAACACUUCUGCACAUAUAAGAAAGCUAUGGAACUUUACUAUGAGCAAGAAAGCACCUCUACAGAGUCACCAAGCGAUGCGAUUGAUAACACCCAGUUAAGUACGAAUACGUCGUAUCGGGAUGCCUUAACUUCGCAAAAGUCUAGUGCAGUAGUCUUUACACCAGAUAUUAGAAAGGAAGAGGACAAACUGAAAGAGGUUCUUCCCUUAGCCGGACCUUCUUCUCCAGUGAACAAACAGCCAAGGCAAAAAAUCAAGGCAAGGAAGCGCAGAGAGGAACCUAAAUGUGACCUUCAACAACCGGCUCUACCAUCGGCAAAUCAAGGUAAACAAGAGGGUGAAGAUGAGAAAGAGAAGAGGAGAAAUAGUACGAGAUUUCGAGAGAUACUUCAAAAACUUAAAGAGAUCUGUCUAUCAAGACAGACAUUGGAAUGUAAAGUUAAGGCUGUAGUUAGUUUUUUGAUUGAACAAGUAGUGUCAUUUGUCUUAGACAUCGUGAAGGGCGGCGACUUGUUAAAUAUGUUAUCUAUAUUUAAUUAUGGAUAAUAGCCGCAAAGAUUAUACUUUAAACUUAGUCCAAUGGAAUUCACAAAGUCUAAGACCCAAAUUAACAGAAUUGGACCUUUUUUUGACACAGGAGAAGGUUCAUAUUGCAUUAAUAUCUGAAACGUGGCUUGAGCCUGGCUCGGCAUUAAACAUAAGCGGCUAUAAUAUUUUUCGCAAAGACAGGGAUGACUUACAUGGGGGAGUCUGCGUAAUUACUCACAAAUCGAUAAAAGCUCAGUUACAGAAUAUUAAUUUACCAAAUACCGAAAUUGAAUGUAUAAGUAUAAAACUUUUAAACUGUAAUAUAUUACAUAACGUUGUUAUAGUAUACUGUCCACCGAGAGUUAGAACCACUCAAUCUGAUUGGGACUACAU